GCGGCGUUGACAUGUAGUUUAGAUAAAAACAAAAAUAUGUAAGUUGUGUUGUAAAUGUUGUAAAUAAAUAAAGGAUUGUAAAACCAACGAAUAUAGUUGCUUAAAUACUGUUUUAAAAUAUGGAAUUAACAAAUAAUCAUCGAUAUUUUAUCCAAUACAUGUUAAAAAAUGGCGUAACAACGAUCAACAAUGCACAAAAAUAUUGUGACUAUAUCAGUGAAGGUGAAAUUGAGAGCCUGGCCCAAUUAAAAACUUUAGUAAUAGAAAUUAAUAGAGAAAUAUCAAAACAAUGCUACAAAUUAGUAUUUAAUACUUGUGAAGUUACCAAUGAACCUUAUUUAAUAUGGCUUAAUACAAAAAAUGAUGAUAUAUCAAAAUUACAGAUAAGUUAUUCUUCUUUGGAACUAGAAUAUUUUCAUGUGAUUCUUCAAGAGAUUUUACGGUCAGAAGAACAUAGGAUAACUUUCAUUGUAUGCUUAAAUUUAACUUCUACACUUACAGCAUCUUACAGUAGGGAAAAUGGAGAACAGGUUUUAAGAAAAUGGAUUAAAAAUGGAUAUUUUAUCAAUAAAAAUCCUUAUGUAUAUCUUGGGCCUAGACUUAUAUUAGAAUUUACAUCAUAUUUAAAAACCCACUUGCCUGAUUCAAUAUGUAAUUUAUGUUCUGAACUGGUAUUCUGGGGAAAAUCAUGUGAAUCAUGCUAUAAAACAUUCCAUAUACAUUGUAUAAAAAAAUAUUUAGAAAAUCAACAAAAUUGCCCAUGUUGCCUUACAGAAUGGAUGUCUUCAAUAGAAGACCAGAGUAAUGUUGAAUAUACUAAUGAAAUAGAACAUGCAGAUAACAGUCAAACAACUGAAUCUGACGUUUCUAAUAGCAUGGAUGUUGAUGACAUUUCACCUACGCAAACAAGAACUGGGAGGAGGAGCGGAAGAAAAAAUAUUUCGAUAACAUCUACUAAUGAAGACAUUAACGAACCCGGUCCAAGUACUAGAAAGCGACACAGAUAAAAUACUAAUAAAAGAUAUAAAAUACACAUAUUUACUCAAUGCUAGUAAAAUUUCAUCUAGUUGUUAAUUUUUUUUAUUUAACAAUUUUAUGCGUACAUAUUUUGUAAUAAAUUAAAUAAACACGCACUGAUAACGUUA